UCUGGCGUGGGUGUGUGUUAAUAAUCAUAAUAUUUUAUUUUGAGCGCCUUUCAAAAUACCCAAGGACACUUUACAAUAACAAAAAACUUACAUAAAAGUAGGGAAAGUAUAACAAAGCUUCAGUGAAUUAACAAUAGAAGAGUAAUUAAAAUGCAAAAAUUAAAUAGAAGAGCUCGCUUUGCUUUGCCUCCGACGGCAAUCCCUAAAUGCUUUGCGGUUAUGACGGCACACGUUGUUUUUUUCAUCCACUUCCUGGUUUCAACGUCACCUCAGGAACUCUGAUGUGGACAUCAUGAUCGGGGAUUUCUUGAUUUUCGGGACGUUGCUGAUGAAUGCCGGUGCGGUCCUCAAUUUUAAAUUAAAGAAAAAGGAAUCCCAUGGUUUUGGAGAUGAUAUCCAAGGACCAACUACAGGUGAUAACAUCAGAGAGUUUCUACUGAGUCUGCGAUACUUCAGGAUAUUCAUUGCUUUGUGGAAUGUUUUCAUCAUGUUCUGCAUGAUAGUACUGUUUGGAUCAUGAGGUUUCGAUGGAGCAGAGAGGGGGUGACCAUGCGGCGUUGUAUAUAUUUUUGGGAAACCAGGCAGACACAAUGAUCCAUAAUGUAUUUGACAUGAUGAGCCCAUUUCCUUUUUUGUUUUUAUUACGGUUGUUUUAUUAAGUCAUAUUUGUAUAGAUUUUUGCUGGUGGGAGAUAACUUUAUUAAUCAGUGACAUGUUAUACGAUGCAAUACGAUACGAUAUGAUGAUACUUAAUUGUCAGUUUACACCGAAAUUCAUUUUGCAUCCCUGAGCAAGACUCGUUAUGACGGUACAGGUUUUGUGUGCUGCAGAAACAUACAUUUUGGUAUACAGUGUAUGCUAGAUAUGUGCUGGAUAUGUCCAAGAAGUAUCAUCCCUGUUUUUUUCCCCCUGAAAAUUCCUAAUGGCGUCUUAUUGCCUGCAUACCUGUUUCUUGCAUACAGUGACUUAAGCCAUCCUUUCAAUGGCACAAUGUACACUCAAAAAUGAAUAAAAGCUGAGUGGAUGCGUAAA